AUGGGCAAUGCAGUCAAUGGUAAGAAAUUAUUUAUGAAGUUGUGUAUUUCAUGUCAUACCACGGGAAAGGGUGAAAAACAUAAAAUAGGUCCUAACCUAUAUGGCAUCGUGGGCAAGACUAGUGGAAGUAUGUCUAUUUCGGGAUUUAAAUCCACGGACGCUAUAAAGCAGAAAGCUAUUGUGUGGAAUGAGGAGACCUUAAAUGACUACCUUGAAGAUCCCAAGAAAUUUAUCCCAGGAACAAGUAUGGCAUUCUAUGGUGUCAAGAGGACCGAAGAUCGAAAAGAUUUGAUAGCUUUCUUAAAUACUUUGAAAUAAUCGUAUUUUAAUAAAACAGUGUACAACAAUUUUUCAGUACAAAUAUAAUAUGCAAACGAUGAG